AUGCAGCAAGUUUAUGUGCCUAAGAAGGUUGAAGUUCCCGCCGUUCCCCCACCAAGAGCUAGGCCACAAUCCAUUGUCACAAUCGGCUCCAUGGAAGCUCCUGUCACUAAUCAUGAUGGGACGAUUGUAAUUAAAGAAAUUUUAGCAUCUAAGCAAGAUGAAGCUCCUAAAGAUGUUGCUGGAAUUGAAGAAAAGAAGCAUGCCAAAGGAAACUCUACCGACAACCCAUAUGGUGUCCCCGUGGGUUGA